GAGUUCGUACCAAAUGUAAGCGAUUCUUACACGUAACAAUAAGGAUAGAUCAAGAUCUGGUUUUAUUCCACGAAUGCAAAGGCAUAUUAAUAGAACUUCAGAUAAGAUAAAUUUUGGAUGACAAUUUUGACAGAAUAUACUGUUUUGGUAACAUAGUGGAUUGAAUAUGCCGACCAAUAUGAAGGAAUUGCCAGUUUCCGUCGGCCCAGAACAUUGGAGAUUUCUUCAAAAAGGAAAGUUUUCAGAUUUACAGAAUGACUCCUCGAACUGCUCAAUGGACGAUAGUCUUGACACAGAUGCAGAUCCCGCGAUGUCAGAUCCUUGUUGUGACAGAGAAAACCCAGUUGUAGUUGAAGGUCAAAGAAUAUGCGACGCCCAAGAUCAAAUUAGAGGGGGCGUUAUUAGGACACCAUGUACGAAAACAAGAAUGUCUGAAGCAUUGGGAUCAGAAGUUUAUUUUAAAAAAGAGUUCAUGCAGUUCACGGGAAGCUUCAAAGACCGAGGAGCGCUACUAGCCUUGAUGAAUUUAACAGAGGAGCAGAAAAAACGAGGUGUUGUGACGACUUCAGCGGGAAAUCAUGCACAAGCCAUGGCUUUUCAGGGUGGAAAAUUGGGAAUUCCAGUGACAGUAGUAAUGCCUAAAACGGCACCUCUGGUCAAGGUAUCAAGUUGCCGAGAUUUAAAAGCAGAGGUAGUGUUGUACGGAUCUAGAUUUGAUGAAGCAAAAGCCCACGCCAUGAAAUUAAGAAACGAGAGAAACCUUAUAUACAUUGACGGAUACGACCAUCCUGAUAUUCUUGCCGGACAAGGCACUGUAGGUCUUGAAAUUUUAGAAGAUGUGCCGGAUGUUGAUUACGUCAUAGUUCCAGUAGGAGGAGGCGGUCUUGUAGCAGGGGUAUCAGCAGCAAUUAAACACGUUAAUCCCCACGUUCAAAUCAUCGGUGUGGAGUCAGAACGUUGUCCAAGUUGGCACACUGCAAUGGAAAACGGGCAACCAAUCAAAUGUCAGCAAACAAUCAAAGGUGCAAAACAAUCUAUUUCAGACGGAUUAAAUGUUAUAAGGGUCGGUUACAAUGCAUUUGCAACUGCUAAGAUUGACCGUAUGGUUACUGUAUCGGAAAAAUAUAUUGCUGUUGCCAUAUUGCGAUUGUUAGAAGGAGAGAAAUCUGUUGUGGAGGGGGCGGGUGCGAUUGGAUACGCAGCACUUCUUUCUGGCGUAUUACCGGAAGUCAAAGGGAAAAAAGUAGCAUGCAUUUUAUGUGGCGGAAACAUUGACGCAACGGUGCUUGGACUUGUUAUUGAUCGUGCACUUGUGCAAGAGGGCAGAAUGUCUAGAUUCAUGGUAGUAGUUAGCGACAGACCCGGUGGAUUAGCUCGACUUGUAGCUAUACUCGCACAUAUGGGAGCAAGUGUUAAAGAGAUAGGCCACGACAGAAUUUCUUUGGCUUCUUACGUUUAUAUGACUGGAAUCACAUGCACCGUCGAAACGAAAAACAAAGCUCAUGCACAAGAAGUUCGUCAAAGACUAGAAGAAACUUAUGGAGAAGAUUUGAGGUGGCAGCAAGAGUCGGAUGAAUGAUUCAUCAUUUUUACUUCCACGGGGAAGUUUUGAAAAUAACAUUGUUUUAUUUCACAUUUUAACAAUUAUAACUUAAAUUGCAUACUAGUAUUUAAAAAGGAUUAAAUAAAAUUUCUUUACUAACGUCAUAAAUAUAUAAAUUAGUAUAAAGCAGUCGGUAUGAAAAUGCACUUAAUAUAUAAUAAUAUUGCAAUAAUGAAUUUUCUAACAAUU